AUGUUAGCAAAAUAGAAAGAAGAAGGCAUAAAACGAUAUUAUACAAGGACAGAGUCUUUCUUAGAACCAGGAAGAAGCUCUACCUCAACUUACUUAUACAUUCCACUCUACUCAAAACGCUUUAAGCUAUUUAUAAUAUUUUAAAAUAAAUGUAGCAUAGUAGGACUCUGCUUAACUAAAUCAAGAGUAAUUUCAUCAAUCAUUUUAGGUGAAACUCUUUUAUCAUUCAAAUAAUUUACUUCAACCUCAUCAAUUUUUGUAAAGGCUUUCAUAUUUUUUCUAAUCAUUUCACUUUCAAAAAUUUUAACAUUUUUUUCUAAAUCUUCAUAAUUCAUUUUUCGAUAAUUAAAUCAAAUGUAUUUUUUCUAACUAACCAAAUAACUAAUAUUUACUAAAUUAAUACUACUUAUUAAUCCCUAACUUUCUUUUUAUAAAAAUGUCCUAAACUAAAUAUAGAAUGGAGUGAGAUUUAAUUUCCAAAGCUUUGUUUAGCUAACUUUAAUCUAAUGCUUACUUAAGAUAAUGUAUAUUUUGAGGCGUAUCUUAUUUAUUGUAUCUUUAACGAAGAUAGACUUUAUUAAAAAUUAAUUAAAUUAGUGA